GCUAGCACUAAUGCUAGAUAAUCUAACAUUGUCAGGAAAGGAUUGUGGUUCCAAUAUGCAAUGAAAUUUGUACACUUUUGGUGAACAUGCCAUUUGACGAUGGAAUAGAGAACCCAGCCUCAGUGAGGUCUUCAACCGAAACAGUCGAGUCAAUUCGCUGUCGCCGUGAUCAUGGAUAUUCUUGGAGUAAAUUUUUGAGUUUGGCGGCCACGUGAUGGCAUGACAAAAGGGUGGCUGCCAUCAAGCAAAGGCGGUCGGCGCUAGGCUACUGCUUCAAACCGAUGCACAGUACACUACAUGGUUCAUCUUCUCAUCGCCCCUGAUAUAUCCACAGUGGCACAGCAAUCAACGAUGGACUGGAAUACAUUGUGCUUCAAUGUUGCCACCCUGAUUGCAGGCGUGUUUGUCCUCGACUACGGCGCAGACAAGUUCAUCGACCACACCGUCAUUGUCGGGCGGCGCCUAGGCGUCUCCCAAACGGUCAUUGCACUUUUGACAGCGGGCGCUGAAUGGGAGGAGCUCGCUGUAGUGGUUGCCGCCAUCCUGCAACAUCAGAGGCCCCUGGCCCUUGGGAAUGUCAUGGGCUCGACCAUCUCCAACAUUCUCGGGGCCUUCCCUUUAGGGCUACUAUUUCACCCACAGGGAGUGGAUUUCGACCGCAGCGCAAAGUUGUAUUCUGCCCUGUUGCUCGUGGUCACGACGCUAUUCGUGCUGCUGGCGUUCUUCAACCAACUGAACCCGACGGUCGGCGGGGUCUUGAUCGCCGUGUUUGGCCUCUACCUCGGCUCGAUCAUCUACGCUAUUUACAGGGGUGUAGCGUCGGCCCCCGAGCUAUCAGACAGCGACGAUAGCAGUGAGUCCGGCGUUUCCAGUCAUAGCGAAGCCGACGAAUUUGCCACCCAUGCCCCUGAACUCUACGAGACUUCUCCUCUCCUCGCGAACGAGCAUAAUCCUCCAUCAUCUACAGGCAAAGGCAGCGACGGCAGAAAAAUCAGAAGCCUCCCGUACCACCUAUUUCAGCUCAUCCUCGGCUUCUUCGCACUGUCGCUGUCCGGAUACAUCAUCUCCCAUAGCGCCGUGACCGUCGCAGACUCGCUGCAUCUCUCCGGCACUGUCUUUGGCUUGACGAUCGUCGCCUUUGCCACGACUCUCCCAGAGAAACUGGUUGCCGUCCUCAGUGGUGCCCGAGGCCACGGCGGCAUUCUGGCCGCGACAACGGCCGGAAGCAACAUUUUCCUGCUGACCCUCUGUGUGGGUGUCGUUGCACUGGCGGGGGACCAGGGACAGGAGGCGGGUAGUGGAUUUGUCGCUUUUGAGCUUCUGACGGUCUGGGUUUCUUCCUUGGUGUUUUGUGCUGUCGUGUUUUUGGGACUGGGGAGAAUUGCGGCGAUUGUGCUCUUGGGUGCUUACGUUGUGUUUUUGUGCUUGGAGUUCACUGUUUACCGGCGGUGAAAAGCUCAGCACAGAAUGAGCGAUAGAAGAGAGUUGUCGGAGGAUACGGGCAGUGGGAUUUGGGCCAUCCCCACGCUAUAUCUCCCUGAUAACGCAAGAUCUGUUUAUUGUUUACUAUUGACUAGACCGAUGGUCUUCUUGAUAUAUCUUCCGUGAUUGGCUCCAUGGAUUGCACUUCAUGAAGGCUAGUACUGACGGUCGAUGCGUAGUCAAGCUCCUCUUUAGCUAGACUGUCAAGUAUGAAGACAUAGCCUGGAUAGUAUCUUAGGCAUUGUCCAGUAAGCUUAUUUUCCGGGGACUACUGUUGAAAAAUUCCAGCUAAAAUAAUCAGUUCCAGCUCAUAAAACUAUCAAGUCCAC